AAAUCACAUUACUUAACAAAAUGUUCAAGUUCGUGAUCUUGUUGUCGGUUGUUGCCUGCGCCUUUGGAGCCGCUAUCCCUGAGGGUCUCCUUCCCCAGUUGGAUGGACGCAUCGUUGGAGGUACUGCCACCACCAUCGGAAGCUUCCCCUGGCAAAUCUCCCUCCAGCGUAGUGGCAGCCACUCCUGCGGUGGUUCCAUCUACUCUGCCAACAUCAUCGUGACUGCUGCUCACUGCCUGCAAUCCGUCUCCGCCUCCUCCCUUCAGGUUCGCGCCGGCUCUAGCUACUGGAGCUCCGGUGGUGUUACCAGCAAGGUUGCCGCCUUUAGAAACCACGAGGGCUACAACGCCAACACCAUGGUCAACGACAUUGCUGUCAUCCGUCUGAGCUCUUCCCUGUCCUUCAGCUCCAACAUUAAGGCUAUCGGUCUGGCUUCUUCCAACCCAAGCAACGGUGCUUCUGCCUCCGUCUCUGGCUGGGGUACUCAGUCUUCCGGCGCUAGCUCUAUUCCCACCCAAUUGCAGUACAUCAACACGAAAAUCGUCAGCCGUUCUGUCUGCGCUUCAUCUUCCUACAGCUAUGGUAGCCAAAUCCGUGCAACCAUGAUCUGCGCUGCUGCCAGCGGCAAGGAUUCCUGCCAGGGUGAUUCCGGUGGCCCAUUGGUCUCCGGUGGUCAGCUUGUUGGUGUUGUCUCCUGGGGUAUUGGUUGCGCUUACUCCAACUAUCCUGGUGUGUACUCCUCUGUUGCUGACCUCCGCUCCUGGGUGGUCAGCGCUGCCGGCAACGUCUUCUUAGAUAUUGUUGGCGGUGUUGACAACCCAAGAGCGGAGGUCGGCAACAGAGGCGUAGACACCGGGAUAGUUGGAGUAGGCACAGCCAAUACCCCAGGAAACAACACCGACGAGCUGACCACCGGAGACCAAUGGGCCACCGGAAUCACCCUGGCAGGCAUCCUUGCCGCUGGCAGCAGCGCAGAUCAUGGUCGAGCGGAUUUGGCUACCAUAGCUGUAGGCAGAGGAAGCACACACAGACUGGCUAACGAUGUUUACGUUGACGUACUGCAGCUGGGAGGGGAUGGAGCUAGAGCCGGAGGACUGAGUACCCCAGCCAGAGACGGAGGCAGAAGCACCGUUGCUUGGGUUGGAGGAAGCCAGACCAAUGGACCUAAUGUUGGAGCUGAAGGACAGGGAAGAGCUCAGACGGAUGACAGCAAUAUCGUUGACCAUGGUGUUGGAGUUGUAACCCUCGUGGUUCCUGAAAGCGGCAACCUUGCUGGUAACACCACCGGAGCUCCAGUAGCUAGAGCCGGCGCGAACCUGAAGGGUGGAGGCGGAGACGGAUUGCAGGCAGUGAGCAGCAGUCACGAUGAUGUUGGCAGAGUAGAUGGAACCACCGCAGGAGUGGCUGCCACUACGCUGGAGGGAGAUUUGCCAGGGGAAGCUUCCGAUGGUGGUGGCAGUACCUCCAACGAUGCGUCCAUCCAACUGGGGGAGGAGACCCUCAGGGAUAGCGGCACCAAAGGCGCAGGCAACAACCGACAGCAAGAUCACGAGCUUGAACAUUUUGCAAAUUGCAAAAUGUUCAAGUUCGUGAUCUUGUUGUCGGUUGUUGCCUGCGCCUUUGGAGCCGCUAUCCCUGAGGGUCUCCUCCCCCAGUUGGAUGGACGCAUCGUUGGAGGUACUGCCACCACCAUCGGAAGCUUCCCCUGGCAAAUCUCCCUCCAGCGUAGUGGCAGCCACUCCUGCGGUGGUUCCAUCUACUCUGCCAACAUCAUCGUGACUGCUGCUCACUGCCUGCAAUCCGUCUCCGCCUCCACCCUUCAGGUUCGCGCCGGCUCUAGCUACUGGAGCUCCGGUGGUGUUACCAGCAAGGUUGCCGCUUUCAGGAACCACGAGGGUUACAACUCCAACACCAUGGUCAACGAUAUUGCUGUCAUCCGUCUGAGCUCUUCCCUGUCCUUCAGCUCCAACAUUAGGUCCAUUGGUCUGGCUUCCUCCAACCCAAGCAACGGUGCUUCUGCCUCCGUCUCUGGCUGGGGUACUCAGUCCUCCGGCUCUAGCUCCAUCCCCUCCCAGCUGCAGUACGUCAACGUGAACAUCGUUAGCCAGUCUGUGUGUGCUUCCUCUGCCUACAGCUAUGGUAGCCAAAUCCGCUCGACCAUGAUCUGCGCUGCUGCCAGCGGCAAGGAUGCCUGCCAGGGUGAUUCCGGUGGCCCAUUGGUCUCCGGUGGUCAGCUCGUCGGUGUUGUUUCCUGGGGUAUUGGCUGCGCCUACUCUAACUAUCCCGGUGUCUACGCCUCUGUUGCCGAUCUCCGCUCCUGGGUGGUCAGCGCUGCCGGCAACGUCUAUUUUAAAGAAUUGAUUGAAAAAUCGUUUUGCGAUAUGUUCAAACUCCUGAUCGUUUUGUCUAUGGUUGUCUACGUUUUCGGCAACUCUAUUCCUCAUGGGCUUCAGGAACUAUCAGUUGGCCGAAUCAUUGGAGGCACGGCCACCACCAUUAGCAACUUUCCCUGGCAAGUAUCCUUACAGCGUAGCGGCAGUCAUUCAUGUGGAGGCUCCGUUUACUCCGUUAGCAUUAUUGUGACUAGUGCCCGGUGUCUGCAAUUCGUGCCCGCUUCCAUCGUCCAGGUUCGUGCCGGAUCUACUUACUGGAAUUCUGGGGGUAUCCUGCUGCAGGUUUCCGCUUUCCGAAACCAUGAGGGCUACGAUGCCAACACCAUGGCAAACGAUAUUGCUGUCGUCCGUCUGAGCUCAUCCCUGGUCUUUAGCUCCACCAUUAAAGCAAUUGAUUUAACCAAUUAUGCACCUGCUAACGGAGAUGCCGCGUCAGUUUCUGGGUGGGGAACAGAGUCUUAUGGAUCCAGCUCUAUUCCUUCUCAGCUACAGUACGCUAACGUAAAUAUCAUCAGCCAAUCCAUAUGCGCUUCCUCUAGCUACGAUUAUGGUAGCCAAAUCAAGAACACCAUGAUCUGCGCUGCUGCCAGCGGCAAGGAUGCCUGUCAGGGUGAUUCCGGUGGCCCAUUGGUCUCUGGCGGUGUGCUAUUGAAAAUGUUCAAGUUCGUGAUCUUGUUGUCGGUUGUUGCCUGCGCCUUUGGUGCUUCUAUCCCUGAGGGUCUCCUCCCCCAGUUGGAUGGACGCAUCGUUGGAGGUACUGCCACCACCAUCGGAAGCUUCCCCUGGCAAAUCUCCCUCCAGCGUAGUGGCAGCCACUCCUGCGGUGGUUCCAUCUACUCUGCCAACAUCAUCGUGACUGCUGCUCACUGCCUGCAAUCCGUCUCUGCCUCCACCCUUCAGGUUCGCGCCGGCUCUAGCUACUGGAGCUCCGGUGGUGUCACCAGCAAGGUUGCCGCUUUCAGGAACCACGAGGGUUACAACUCCAACACCAUGGUCAACGAUAUUGCUGUCAUCCGUCUGAGCUCUUCUCUGUCGUUCAGCUCCAACAUUAAGUCCAUUGGUCUUGCUUCCUCCAACCCAAGCAACGGUGCUUCUGCCUCCGUCUCUGGCUGGGGUACUCAGUCCUCCGGCUCCAGCUCCAUCCCCUCCCAGCUGCAGUACGUCAACGUGAACAUCGUUAGCCAGUCUGUGUGUGCUUCCUCUGCCUAUAGCUAUGGUAGCCAAAUCCGCUCGACCAUGAUCUGCGCUGCUGCCAGCGGCAAGGAUGCCUGCCAGGGUGAUUCCGGUGGCCCAUUGGUCUCUGGUGGUCAGCUCGUCGGUGUUGUCUCCUGGGGUAUUGGCUGCGCCUACUCCAACUAUCCCGGUGUCUACGCCUCUGUUGCCGAUCUCCGCUCCUGGGUGGUCAGCGCUGCCGGCAACGUCUAUUACAUUUUGAAAAUGUUCAAGUUCGUGAUCUUGUUGUCGGUUGUUGCCUGCGCCUUUGGUGCUUCUAUCCCUGAGGGUCUCCUCCCCCAGUUGGAUGGACGCAUCGUUGGAGGUACUGCCACCACCAUCGGAAGCUUCCCCUGGCAAAUCUCCCUCCAGCGUAGUGGCAGCCACUCCUGCGGUGGUUCCAUCUACUCUGCCAACAUCAUCGUGACUGCUGCUCACUGCCUGCAAUCCGUCUCUGCCUCCACCCUUCAGGUUCGCGCCGGCUCUACCUACUGGAGCUCCGGUGGUGUUACCAGCAAGGUUGCCGCUUUCAGGAACCACGAGGGUUACAACUCCAACACCAUGGUCAACGAUAUUGCUGUCAUCCGUCUGAGCUCUUCCCUGUCCUUCAGCUCCAACAUUAAGUCCAUUGGUCUGGCUUCCUCCAACCCAAGCAAUGGUGCUUCUGCCUCCGUUUCUGGCUGGGGUACUCAGUCCUCCGGCUCAAGCUCCAUCCCCUCCCAGUUGCAAUACGUCAACGUGAACAUCGUCAGCCAGUCCGCGUGCGCUUCUUCUUCCUACAGCUAUGGUAGCCAAAUCCGUGCAACCAUGAUCUGCGCUGCUGCCAGCGGCAAGGAUGCCUGCCAGGGUGAUUCCGGUGGCCCAUUGGUCUCCGGUGGUCAGCUCGUCGGUGUUGUUUCCUGGGGUAUUGGCUGUGCCUACUCCAACUAUCCCGGUGUCUACGCCUCUGUUGCCGACCUCCGCUCUUGGGUUGUCAGCGCCGCCAACAAUAUCUAAGAACAUUGCGAAAUAAAUAUCAACCUUGAAAAUAUA